UGUGAAGUCUACGUCAACGUCGCGGUAUGUUCGCUCCGCGAAGUCGCGCCGCGAUUCACGCGCAUAGUCUGGAGGGGGCUUAUUAUAAGAUCAGAAAAUAAAUUGUGAUAUUUGAGCGUCCUAAAUUUAAAAAAAAUGCCUCCCAACCUGCCAACUUAUCUUCGUCACUUCUAACGAACCCAACCAAAUUACAUAAGUUGUUUUUGGUUUGUUGUCAGGAAUGUUAAAAUAUGUUUUUAAUUCAGUCGCGCAUGCCUGUAUCUCAUCGACAAGAAAUCCUAUAUCUAUGGUGAUCUGGCAAAAAAACUGUGAAGUGUGACAAGCUGACAAGUCGAGUCAGACAAUUUCCUAACCUCUCUCGUAUUUAAUUGUUACAAAUUUAUAAAAAUGCUACUUAACCUUAGUUUUUUACUUUUAUUCUUAAGUGUAAUUAAUGCAGAAAGUGGAGUAUUGCAAACAGUUAGUGACGACGAGUUACUUCAAUUGAUAAAGGACAGAGAAAAACUUAUCGUAUUGUUCACUAAACCUGAUUGCGAUGUAUGUACGAAGUUGAACAACCAUUUGGAAGCGCUAAAGGAAGACUUUAAGAAGCAUUUAAAUGCAGAUACAGUUAAAGUUUUGAAUAGCCAUUUGGCCAGGCUUUACAGCCCGACUAAGGAACCUGCUAUUGUAUUUUUUAGACAUGGGAUACCUUUGCUAUACAGUGGUGAGCCUGAUGAAAAUGAAAUCUAUGGGUUUUUGGAAAAGAACCAAUCACCCGUGGUCAAAGAACUCAAUGAUAAAAUCUUUGAGCACAUAACUCAAGCUGCUACUGGGGCAACUACAGGAGACUGGUUUAUUAUGUUCUACGGUGCAUCAUGCGUGGAAUGCCAGCGGCUGCACGCAGUAUGGGAAGGCGUGGGCGCGACUCUGCGCGGGCGUAUCAACGUCGCGCGCAUCGAUGCCAAUCUAGCCGGCCUUAAUACAGCCAAGCGGUUCCAGGUCUCUAAGCUGCCGGCGUUCUUAUUUUUCCGCCUUGGUAAAGUUUAUAGGUAUAACAUACCUAAAAAUGAUGUGAAAUCGUUUGUCACAUUUGCUCAAGAUUGGUACAAAAAUGCAAAGGCUGAGAGUGUGCCUCUCGUUUCAUCACCAUUUGAUGAACUCGUAGACUGGUGUGUGGAGAUGAUUAAAUUUGGAGUCGCCCUUGGACUGGAGUUGCUGGCCAAGUACCCCUGGAUUUGGCAAAUUGGAGGAGCCGGUUUCGGCCUCGUGGCCAUCACGGCUCUUAUCGCGCUAGUCAAAGCUGGCCGAUCAAAACCAGCGAAGGAGACGAAAAAAGAGAAAAAGAGCAAAUAGGACAUUGUUGUGAUUGACCAGUGGUUCUUAACUUUUUUACUAAGGAUUGACAAUAGUAAGGAAGUUAUUUAUUUCCUUCUCUACAAGUACUACUCUCCUUCAACAAGUCAAAAUGUUUAUCUACAUAUUCUAUUUAUAAAUUCUAUGUGCUUCUUCUGGUGCUUCCAGGGACCAUCGGCUAAGAAUCACUGUGAUAGACUGACUCAGCAUUUAUUUACUUAUAUUAUAAUUAUAACACGGUCUGACUACAAAUUGUGAUCAUUUAUGUAUUGUGUGUUAUAAGUUAUGUGUUUACAUUUAGUAUGUACAAAUAUUUGUGUCUAUUUAUAUAUUUUAAGUUGAUUCAUGCAAAGUUUUUUUAUAACAAAAUGUGUUAUUUAAAAUUUUAUCUGAAAAAUAAGGAAUAGCUUCGCGCUAAUUAUGUCUUUAAAUACCUAUCUAGAAGAAAAUACUAGGUAUAUUGUUUUUUCAUUAGCCUUUUGACUGCCAGUCGAAAAUGAAAAUAGUCGAUAAUUAGCUUCAAUAUUAACCUUUUCAACGCUUUCUCCCUCGCAUCAAAAUGUGGCAUACACGCCAAUAUGUCAACUACUGAGAAACGAAUUUAAACCUUAUCUGUCAACAGUAAAAUUGCUUUGACAGCGUCUGCCAUGACCUCUUUAGUGGUCGUUGGCGUGGUAGGCACGACAGCACACGACCACUUUAGUGGUCGUUGGCGUGGUAGGCACGACAGCACACGACCACUUUAGUGGCUCUUGGCGUUCAAAAGGCGUAAUUAUCUGAUGGCUAACAUACGACGUCUACUAUUGCUGUGUUAGUGACACCAGAUUUUUUGGAUUUGAUAUAAGAUUUAACCCUUUUCCAGGCCGCACAAAUCUGCAAGGUUUUACCAAAAAUCCAAAUAUAUUCAUUUGAAGACAAGUCACAUUUCCUAAAAGUGUAAUCUAAUUUGAACCUUAAAUUGUAAUGCUAAAGUUGACAUUCUUUUGGCGCGUAUGUGGUCGAUAAAUUCUACCUACCUGUCUAAGGGGCUACCUGUGUGUGUAACCUGGAAAAGGGUUUAGGGUUUCCGUCCUAGAAUAAGAUUAUGUAUUGUAAAAAUCUAGAUAAUUCUAUGGUGAUCAUAAACUGAAUUAUAUUUCUACUUUUGCGCAAUUCAAAUAUAUUUAAUAAAAUAGAGUUGUGGUAUAUGUCUAUCUCUUGGAAUAUUAUUUUAGUAAGGCCUUUCCUAGAUAGAUUGACUUUUAAACUAAGUUAGAUUUCGA